GAUGGCUCCUUAAGUUCCGGCCUAACCGCCGUUACGAUAAAACGUGUUUAAACAGGUUCGGAAUUGAUUUUAUUGAAAUUCGUAUCUCGGUACCUUGUGAAAAGACAGUAGAGAUAAGUCUGAGUCCAUGUAAAAUAAUAAUAAUAAGAAGAAGUGUUUCGUUAUUAAAAUAUAUUCACACGUGGUUAAAUAUGGAUGACGAAGAUGAGACCUACAAAUUGUGGCGCAUUCGAAAAACAAUAAUGCAAUUGUGCCAUGAUCGUGGAUAUCUCGUCACGCAAGACGAAUUAGACCAAACAAUAGAACAGUUCAAAGAACAUUACGGAGACAAACCCAGCGAGAAAAGACCAGCUAGGAGCGAACUUAUUGUUCUCGUGGCGCACAAUGACGAUCCCACGGAUCAACUAUUCGUCUUCUUCCCCGAUGAACCAAAAAUCGGCAUCAAAACCAUUAAGACUUAUUGUCAGCGUAUGCAAGAAGAGAAGAUCCAUAGAGCAAUUAUUGUAGUCCAACAAGGUAUGACCCCAUCGGCCAAGCAAUCACUAACAGACAUGGCACCAAAGUAUAUAUUAGAGCAGUUCUUGGAAUCAGAGCUACUGAUUAAUAUUACUGAGCAUGAGCUGGUACCUGAACAUAUCGUUUUGACCCCAGAUGAAAAGGAAGAAUUACUAACCAGAUACAAAUUGAAGGAAAAUCAGCUUAUGCGAAUACAAGCUGGUGAUCCAGUAGCACGAUACUUUGGUCUAAAAAGAGGGCAAGUGGUAAAGAUCAUCAGGCCAUCAGAGACCGCUGGUAGAUACAUAUCUUACAGGCUAGUCUGUUAAUAAGAAAAUAAAGAAAAAUUACGUUAAAAAUAGAUAACACACAUUGAAAGAGAAAAUAAAAACGAAAGAUGCUCUAA